GCCGGCCAUCAUUGUACUCACGGCGAGCCGAGGAUCAAUGCCUUGGGUAUCAUCGACUAUCCAUCCACAGCCCAGCGGCACAGGGAAGCUCUGCAUCUACCCGCCUUCCUCCUUCCCCCUCCCCCCUGUUUUUCCUCUUUCUUUUUUCCGGCCAUCCUCCUCCUCCCCUGUCCUUCCUCCCAUCUCUCUCAGAUCCAGCGCUCGGAGUGCCAGGAGGGCGACGAGUGCGGCGGCCAAACCUGCGGGAUCUCCCGGCCAACCCUUGCCGCCACCGGCUGCGUUCAAGGCACCCGCCCUUCUUCCUUGCAGAGUAAAAGGAGGGGUCGCGGGGACUCGUCGCCGGAGGCCUCCAUUCGCUGCCCCCAAGAACGGAGGGGAUCCGCUUCCUUUUGGUUUAUUUGUGAGGCAAUACACCUGAAGAAAUGUCAGGAGGUAGGCAGACAUAUUGGUGCUUCCAGUGUAGACAGCGGGUUAGGCCGCGUGGCCGGGAGAUGGAGUGUCCUUACUGUGAUUCUGGAUUUGUGGCUGAAAUGGAUGAUGUCGAUGCUCUCAUGAGCCAAUUUGUUGGGACGUACAGUGAUUUCCAUCGUGACCCAAGGUUUGGGAUCAUGGAGGCAAUGUCUGCCGUGAUGCGACAUGGAAUGAGGAGCAUGAAUCGAGAGGUUGAUGUAAGAGGAAGGCCAAGCAUAUUAUCUGACCUGGAGAUGGAAUUUGGUUCAGGGCCAUGGUUGCUCUUCCGUGGCCAGCUCCCUGGUCAUCUCUCCGAGGACAAUAAUGGUUUCGACGUUUUCGUCAAUGGACGCCGUGGUGUUGGCAUGCGGAGGGCAGAUGUUGCAGAUUAUUUUGUUGGGCCUGGAUUAGAAGAUCUGAUUGAGCAGUUGACUCAUAGUGAUCGUCAAGGGCCACCACCUGCCUCUCAGUCCUCGAUUGAUGCCAUGCCUCGUGUUAGGAUCACUGGCAGGCAUCUCACUGGAGACUCGCAUUGCCCUGUCUGCAAGGACAAGUUCGAACUGGAAUCAGAAGCAAGAGAGAUGCCAUGCAAUCAUUUAUACCACUCUGAUUGCAUCCUUCCUUGGCUAGAACAACACAAUUCCUGUCCUGUUUGCCGAUACGAGUUGCCAACACAGAGCUCUAGUGGUGCCAGCUGCUCACGCUCAAGAUCAACUAACCAAAAUGACAAUUCAAGCAGCUCAAGUAGCAGUGGGAGAACCGGUGGGCGUCAGAGAAGAAGGAAUCCGUUCUCUUUCCUAUGGCCUUUCCGCUCAUCAAGUUCUAGCACUGGUUCUCGUUAGAUUAGUUUGGUUACCUGGUUGGAGUUCACAAUGCUAUUUUAGUGAAGAUGCUGAUCAAAUGGGCUUUAUGUGUGUCGCAUCUUACAAUCAAUAUGUAAUGUAUGGCUUGUUAUAGUGGCCACAAAAUGGAUUUGCUUGCAAGUAUAUAUUCAUCUAUCUUGCUAAAAUUCAUAGCAGCAGAUUUUGUUUGCUUUUACAUAAGUCAAUAUAAACUUUUGGGGGGCUGAGAGGCCGGGUUUA